AUGUAUGAUUUUGACAUAUUGCAAUAUGUUAAACAUUUCCCUCCGGAAGCUCUUACGAACAUUAAUACUGACGCAUCCGGCGAUGAAUGCAGUAUAAAUACAGAAUGCCGAUUACUACGACAAUGUCCGGAAAUAAUAAGGAAAUUUCGUUUCAUAAGAAAUGUACCCUAUUGCAAGAUUGGUGCAAAUGCUGUGUAUGUCUGUUGUCCGGUUCCACCUCAACCCUAUGUGCCGCCAAAAGAUAACGAUAAACGCAUAGUAAGAGAAUGUAAGUCAUAUCAGAACACACGAAAGGUUUGUGAUAAAUCCCUGAUUGUGGGCGGCAAAAAUGCCGAUCCCAAAGAGUUUCCCUUCAUGGCGCUGUUAUUUUACGUAAAUGGAGAUCAACGUACAGUUUUGUGCGGCGGAUCAUUGGUUAGUGACAAAUAUGUCGUAACAGCGGCACAUUGUUUUUAUGUACCAAACGAACCGAACAUUGUACGUUUGGGAGAACUUGAUUACAACAAAUCGGACGAUGAUGCUGCUCCUGUCGACUUUUCCAUUGCUACCUAUAAAAUCCACGAUGAGUAUGAUGACGAUAUCAGAUUCCAUGACAUCGCUGUAGUGAAACUAAAUGCAUCUGUACAGUUUAAUGAUUAUAUUCUGCCUGCGUGUCUGCCAUUAGCCGAUGGACGUGAUUUCAAACAAUUUUUGGCAACAGGAUGGGGUGCUCUAAAGGAUUACGGUAGAUCGGCUAGCCAUUUACAAAAAGUCAAAUUGGAUAAUUUCAAUGAUGAGCUGUGUCUCUCGAAAGUCGAUAAGGCGGCCAUUACGAUUAAUACAACUAUACAAAUGUGCGCUGGAUCAUUUUACUAUGAGCGCGAUACAUGUGCAGGGGAUUCAGGUGGUCCACUGUUUGUUGAUCAUCCCGACUAUAAUUGUCUGUUUUUGGUCCUGGGUGUUACAUCGUAUGGUGAAGGUGGUUGUGCUAAUAAGGGCCUUCCUUCGUUUUAUACCCGACUUUCGGUUUAUGUUGAUUGGAUAGAGAAAAUUGUUUGGGGAUGA